UUUCUUUUUUUCUUUUUCUCUUCUUCUGCUCUUUGUUCAUUCUCUUAUUUGUGCGAUGCCACUUGUCCGCCGUCAGGUCGCCGAUCAGUGCGAUGCUGGCAAAGCGACGCUCGCUCGCCUCGAGCCCAACCCUGCGAACGGCUUUGAGCAGGUCGCCGCCGUCCACCUCAGCAGCGCCAUCCACCAGCUCGGCCUCAUCGCCAACUACGCCGCCGAGCUCUUCGAAGAACUCGCUGCGACCAGCACGGACAUUGUUCAACGCUCAUCUCGCUUGACUGCCCGCAUCGAGCGCCUCGAGGGGCUCCUGCCAAAGACCAAGGCAGUCUGCGAUGCUCGGCUUAACAAGUUCCAAUGGAACGCUCACCGCGUCAAGUGGACCAAGAAACUGCGCGUCGAAGACUCGCAACUCUUCACCAAGCAGUCCGUGCCGCUCUCGCUCCAGCGCGUGUACGACAGCGUUCCUUCCAUUCCGCCGAUUCAUCUGAUGGACAGCCACCGCGACAAGGACCAACCCUCUUGCAUGAUGCUCUACUCUUACCCCGAGUUCUUCUUCCACGAGUGGGUCCGCAAGCGUGAAAAGGAAGAGAAAGAGUUGGCCGAGGGCCGCAAGAAGAAAAAGUCUGACGGCGUCUCGGCACUCGUCAACAAGUCGAGCGCCCGGCCCAAGAAGGUGGCAGAGGUUGCCGUCAAGAAAUACGACAGCCAAGGCAACGUCAUUGUGGAAGCACGUGUACAGCCCCAGGAGCUCGAGGCCCCGCCUCAGCAGGGCGCCCCUCAAGCGCCGCCCCAGCCUCUGUCCAACUCGAGCUCGCCUCCUCCAAAGCCCAAAAUCCCGCAGAACACGGGCUCAACCACCAACAUGGCUGCUCCGCCUGCUGCUCCGCAACAGCCGCAGCAGUUUGCUCGUCCUCAGGGCUCGGCACCGCCGAUUCCCACCAACGGUCCUCCGCGCCCGGCCGGCUCGGCGCCGCCAAAGCCGAAAUCGAUGCCAUCGGCAGAUGCGGGCUUCCUCCCGCCUCCGCCGCCCAUGCCGCAGGACUCGACGGACGACGUGCCACCACCGCCGCCGCCGAUGGACGAUGUGCCUCCGCCCCCGCCCCCGAUGGACGACGGGUUUGGCUCGGACGAGGCCCCUCCGCCCCCGCCGCCGUCUGACCUGGACGACAUUCCGCCGGCGCCAGCAUUCGACUACGGCAACAGCGCAGGCGAUGCCCCCGGAUUUGCAUACGAGCCGAGCACCUGGACAGCGAACGACGAUCUGGACGGAUUUGGCGGCUACAAGAAGGCCGCGUCCAACUCGCAUCUUGCCGACGACUACAGCCAACAGGCUGGUGGCGACGAAGGCGAUCUCUCGAUGGGCAUGUCCUUCGAGCUGCCCGGUACGAUUGCGCCCCCUCCGACUGCCGAGGACGCAGCGUUCUCUGCGCCCGCCUUUUCCCCGCCCACGGCACCUCCGCCACCGCCAAUGGCUGCUUUUGCUCCUCCCGCUGCACCACCGCUCCCGCCCAUGGGCAAGGCCCCGCCGAUGGCCCCACCAAUGCCGCCGGCUGGCAAGGGCGACGAUGUCAUUGUUGCACCGUCCAAGGUGUUUGAUCCCCGUUCGGACAUGCUUUCUCAAAUCAAGGGUGGCAUGGCGCUGCGCAAGGUUGAAGCCGCGCCCAAGGCUGCUGCCCCCGCGGCUGCUGCGCCGACCAACAGCGUCGCCGCCAUUCUGAUGCGUCGUAUCGCGCUCGAGCAGAGUGAUGAUGACGACGACGAUGAUGAUGGUGACGAUGACUGGGACGAUUAAUUUUUCCAAUCCGUUGGGGGGGGGGGUUGAUUGCUUCGGUAUUUCGCAUAGCAAGGCGAUUGUCACUUCCGUGUAUUUUGUGUGUUUCCGUUGAAACUGUCCGGUUUUUUUUUUCUUUUCUUUGUGGUUGUUGUUGUCGUUGCUGUUGCUGUUGUUGCUGUUGCUGUUUGUUGAUAACAAGGUCCUUCUGUGAAACCCG